GAAGCCAGAGUUUCGCUGCCCCCAGCGCAGAUACGGGCGCAGCGUCGGCCGCUUUCCAACGAUCCCUGGGACCGGUCGGGAGCGGCAAACCGACGGCGACUGGGCCGAGCGGGGCGGGGAAGCAUAAAAUGGCGAUAAAAGCCUAAAACAAAUUCAAUAUUAAUGCACUUCUGAAUCCGGUUACACAUGGACUCUCCGUAACGUGCCGUCGAGUGACAGGUCAACCGAAACGCUGUCGGUGACCUCGCGUCUCACGACUUAACACUAGCCCCAAACAAAAUUUUAAUAAAUAAAAUGGGAUUUGUGAAAUGUUCUACUCACCCAUUCCUCCCAAGUCCGCUCAUGGCGAUUGCCGAGCCAAUCGUAACGGUCCGGCACCAGCUGAAACAAACGGCGAUACAGUCAAAGCUUAUCCUAGGUCAUGGGCACGAAUAGAAGUAAACAAACCCACGUGACAACGCAGCACGAGCUUCGACCGGCAGUCCACGAUGUGCAGUGCUCACCUUCAGCUGCCGUAUUUCCUCCAGCAAAACCUGAAACAAAGGGCGAGCAGGUACUGACCGAGUGAGAUCCCUGGCAGCGUUCACCCAGUCAGCAUGGCCGUCCGAUGGCCGACCCAGUCAGCUCCUCUUCCUCCCAGUCCUCCUCGUCUGGCUCGGCCUCCUCCUCCUCCUCCCACAUCUCCAUAGAGGAGCGCUACAGUGACGCCGCGCGGCGCAUCUUCGCGGCCCAGCAGCGGCAGCGGGCGGCUGCCGAGCGGGAGCGGCUGUUCUCGUUCGGCAUGUACCGCCGGCGCGUGCUGCACGCGCACUUUGGGAACGCGGGCGUGCUGGUGACGCUGCCCUCGCCGCAGCCGUCGGCGGCCACCGUGUCGGCGAUCUCACGCGCUUCCAGCUACGAGUGGGUAGGACCGGGCGGCUGUAACGUACAGUGAGACACUCAACUGAGACAGUCCAGUGUCAGUUAUCCAGCGAGACUGUCGGGUGAGACACUAGUGAGACGGAGCCGGGCGGCUGUAACGUCCGGUGAGACUGUUUCGGGCGACAAUACCAUUCAGUGAGGUAGUCUUGUGAGACAGUUCAGUGAGACAGCCCUGGAUGGCUGUCCAGUGAGACUCCAGUGAGACACUAGUGAGACGGUCCCGGGCGGCUGUACCGCCUGGUGGAAUUAUCCCGGGCGACCGCACCGUUCAGUGAGGGCACGAGCCGUGAAGCUGGUUGGUAAUACCGUGCAUCGGAGGUGGGCCAGGGCGCCAUUAUACUGUCUAAUGGAAUAUUCCAGUGAGAUAGUCUAGUGAGGUAUUUCCGAGUGGCCAAACCUUCCAGUGAAGCAGUACAUUUCAGUGAGGCGUUUCAGUGAGACAGUGCCUGGCUGUACCGUUUGGCGCCGGGUGAGACAGACUGGUGGCUAGCAGCCCGGUGAGCGAACUGCUCAGGGUCAGGGAUAGGCUCUCCUGUCAACGCAAACCCAUCCAGUGAUCCAGCCUACCAUCAGCUCGUCCUGAUUUUGGACACCUUCAGUCACCAUCGGCCUGACCAUCACCACAAAGACCCGGGUAUCUCGAUCUGUGAUAGAGCAGGCGGUACUGCUUCAAGAUGGCGUCUCGGAUGGAGGUGAACCUGUGCCGUCUGCUGCAGCAGUGUGAACGGAUGGCAGCCGCUGAGGAGUGCGACGGCAACUGGCGCUACGAGCAGUACGUUAAGGCGCUCCGAACUCAGUUUGACGCCCUGAAGUCAAGCCCGAGUGCACCGAGUCCGGAAAAGCUGAGCGAGUUCGUCAGACGCAUUGAACACCUGCAGAGCUUUUUGCCGCCGGAGCCGCAGGUGACCCCUCCGUCCGCCGAGCCGCCGGCCCGCCCGGCCGCCAGUCCGCCCGUGUCUCCAGUACUGACUUUGGUGUCCAGAUCACACGCCAGUCCGGCGCUCACAGAGCUGCGGCACCGGCGCGGCGGCCGCGCGCACGCCGAGGCCAGGGCCCAGCUGCUGGGAACGCCCGUCGGGGGCGAGGCGGCGUCUCCUGCUAGCGGUGGCGGCAGUGUGGAGGAAGACUUUGAGCAGGUGAUGAAGCGCCACCACGAGCUGCAGGAACGGGCCGCCGAGGAGAUGCUGGCACUCACCAGAAACCUCAAGGAGCAGUCGCUCAUCGCCAAAAACGUCAUCGCCAAAGACAGAGAGACGCUAGAGCGCAGCACUGCGCUGACGGACAAGAACACGGGUCGUCUGGAGCGCGAGUCGCAGCGGCUGGCCGAGUUCAGCCGGCGCGCCUGCCGCUGCUGGCUCUGGAUCAUGCUCGCCGUCGUCUGCGCCACAUUCAUGGGUAUGGUUGUGUUCAUCCGUUUGUUUGGUAAGAAGGUGCUGACGGCGACGCCUGCCGAGUAGCUGGCACCCUCCGGUGGUGGCUCGCUGCCGAUCGGUCCAUCGGUGACCCGUUCCGUAGGUGGCGCUGGUGGCCGCUCUUCCGUGGGUCACCCGGACGGCUGCGUUCAGUGUGAUUACAGAUAUAUCCUAUACAGAUAAGUUAUAUUAUAUGGCCGCUGCCUGCCCCACGCCCGGGCGGUGGGCGAGUCUGGGCACUGCGGUACCAAUAUGUGAUACGCUGAGGUGACCUCAUCGCAAUACAGUGGUGUGUUUCUA